UGCUGAUUGUAGCUCUACUUUCCGAUGUACAGUGACUCAAAGCGGACAACUUUUGGCUGUUGUUGGAGUACAUUUUUCUAACGGGAGUGCUUAUGGGUUUCCACAGCCUCCAGUAAUUAAAGUUUUGUUCGGAUAUCGUGGCCAUUAUGUCUGUAAACUGCAGAGCAGCCAUCCAGGGACCAGGGCAGCGUGUUAAGUUCAGGGGCUAGCUGGCCUGCUGUACCCCUGUAGAGGGUCGCAGUUGGAGUGGCUGCUGGGAUGCUUCGAAAGAGCAGCAGCAGCAGUGGUGGCGGUGGUGGGACUAACAAGCACACCCAGGGUCUGCCUCGCCAUCUUCCCAAGUCCCACACAGGAUCUCUGUCUGCUGGAACCACCAAGACCUGGGACAUAGGCCGCAAGAACUCCAAUCCUCUGAGCAGCAUGGGGUUAACUUCCAACCCGAUGGGGGCUCCAGGAGUGGAUCCGGAGUACGUGAUGCAUCUGGUGAAUGAUGUGCGGGGGUUUGCGGAUGUGUUGCUGCAUCUCAAGGAGGCUUUCCAGUGUAAAGAGAAUCCCGAAAGUCUUCAGAAGGUGGUGCAGGAACGUUUGGCAGAGCUUCUCCGCGUCCUCAAGGCCGUCAUAGGCAAACAUCAGACCCUCAACUCUGUAGACAUCCUGGGAGCGGCUGGCACCGUCAUUGCCAAGGUCAAAGGCAUUAACUUCAAGGAAGUGACUCCAGAAAACACAAAAGCUAUAUUUGGCGAGAUACACACAUCCAUUGACACUUUGGCAUUCACAUUCGGCAAUGUAGUUUCUGACUUCCUUAUGGGAGAUGUGGACAGCGGCUCAGGGUUGGGGAUCCCCCAGACCAGGAGAAGCAGGUCUUUUGACAAUCUCUGUGUGGAUCCUGAGGGGUAUGUUUCGGAGAAAAAUGACCUUGUGGGCCCAGAGGUGCUGCUGUCACGGGAGGAAGAAGUUGACUUGACUUUGCAGAAGAAUGACAGCGGGGUGGAGUCCGCUCUGCUCUACGCCAAGGCCUGGUCCAAGUAUAUCAAAGAUCUCCUGGCCUGGAUGGAGAAACGGCUGGCUAUGGAUAUUGAAUAUGCCAAAAGUUAUGCCAAAAUGGCAGAAUCUGCAAAGGCACUGGCAAGUCAACAGGACUACAUGCCCUUCAGUGACAUCUACGUUUCCACAUUCAAGAACGACAUUGAAUACAAACAGCUGCUUAUUCAAACUGCAAUGGCUCUUCAGACCAAUAAAUUCAUGCAGCCUCUUCUGGCCCGUAAAAAUGAACUCGACAAGUUGAGGAAAGACAUCAAGGAGCAGUGGCAGAGGGAGCAAAAGAAAAUGCAAGAGGCAGAUGCAACCUUGCGUAAGGCACGAGCACUGAAGGCCCAGAGGAGAGAGGAGUACCAGAAAGCCCACUCAUCUACCAACCGCUCCCAGGAGGAGCAGCCUAAUGCUGGUAACAAACAGCUGGAGAAGAAGAGGAGGCUGGAGGAGGAGGCUCUGCAGAAGGCGGAGGAGGCACAGGACCAGUACCAGAGCUGUAUGGCUGACGCAGGCGGCAGGAGGAUGGAUCUGGCCAACGCCAAGAGCACCAUCCUCACACAAAUCCGAGAGAUGGUCUUUCAGUGUGACCUCACACUCAAAGCUGUGACAGUGAACUGGUUUCAGAUGCAGCAGCAGCAGACUGUGUCGCUCCCCGCCCACUACCAGGCCCUGACCGAGAGUGCCAAGUUGUACGAACCGGGGGACUGCUACGCUGAGUUCGUCCGGAACCUGCCCAGAAAUCUUCCUAAAGAGCGUGUGCACUUAGACUCCAUCUCCUCGGACAAUACCAGGUUUCUGUUCAACAAAAGGUCAGUGGGCAGCACUCAUUCCUCCCAUGGCAACCUGUCGCAGGCAUCCAUCACCUCCUGUGAUGUGCUUAGUGGAGACGAAGUGGACAUUCCUCUGCACCGCACUGCAAAGAUCGGCGAGCGGAGGUCCAACAGCAGCACAGACAUACAAGCGCUGAGGAGCCAGGCCACGCUGAGAGCCUGGGCCUCCAGUAGUCAGGGGAGCCAGGGCGGGAUGUGCAGUGACUCUGAAAGUGCAGGAGGCAGCAGCGAGUCGAGGUCGAUGGAUUCCCCCACCGCAAGUCCAGGUGACUUCAAACGACGGCUGCCAAGGACUCCCUCCACGGGGACCAUGUCUUCUGCUGAUGACCUGGAUGAGAGAGAGCCACCAUCGCCCUCAGACAACGGUCUCGCAGAGAUGGUGACAGAGACGGCCAGUUCUCCAGGUCCCUUCCGAAAUGCUCAGAUGUCCAAAGCUGCUCAAACCCAUAAGCUGAGAAAGCUUCGAGCCCCGUCAAAGUGCAGAGAGUGUGACAGUCUGGUGGUUUUCCAUGGAGCUGAGUGUGAGGAGUGCUCUCUGGCAUGUCAUAAGAAGUGUCUGGAGACGCUUGCCAUCCAGUGUGGCCAUAAAAAGCUUCAAGGAAGACUACACCUGUUUGGUAUUGACUUUGCCCAAGCAGCAAAGAACAGCCCAGAUGGUAUUCCUUUCAUCAUCAAGAAGUGCACAUCUGAGAUUGAGAGUCGAGCCCUCAACAUCAAGGGGAUUUAUCGUGUGAAUGGUGCCAAAUCACGUGUUGAGAAGCUCUGUCAGGCGUUUGAAAAUGGGAAGGACUUGGUUGAGCUGUCUGACCUCUCACCUCACGACAUCAGCAACGUCCUCAAACUCUAUCUGAGACAGUUACCAGAGCCACUGAUCCUGUAUCGAUACUACAACGACAUCAUUGGCUUGGCCAAAGAGUGCCAGAGAGUGAUCGUGGAGGAGGCUGAUAAACCUCAGAGCCCCCAGACGGGAGAGAAAGGCGGGCCGAGCGUCCAGCUCAACAGAGUCAUUUUCAAGAUUAGAGACCUUCUCCGCCAGCUGCCGACAGCAAACUACAAGACUCUGUGCUUCCUUAUAGCGCACCUGAACAGAGUGACUGAGCAGGCAGAGGAGAACAAGAUGACUGCGAGUAACCUGGGCAUCAUCUUUGGCCCCACACUGGUCAAGCCACGACAGACGGACGCCGAGGUGUCCCUGUCCUCCCUGGUAGACUACCCCUACCAGGCCCUGAUGGUGGAGCUGCUUGUGCGACACUUUCAAACGGUCUUUGACGGAUCACUUCUAUCAGGCUCCGAAAUCACCAUGGCAGGCCAGGCGUCCCCCAGACUCACCCCUCAAGAGAAGGUGCAGCGGCUCAGCAGACACUCCGCCUCCCUAAUGGACAUUAAAGAGACUGCCAAAGUGUACAAAAGAUACUCAUCAGUAAUCCCAUCCACACACAUCAUGGAUGAGGUUCAGGAGGUCCAGCCAGGGACAGACAGAACGGUGGUCUCAGCCCUGGAUAGACUCAACGGGAUCCAGACAUCCAGUGAAGGAGAAGUCCAGAGGUCAACGCUAGUGUUUGGCCGUCCCAGCACCACCAAUCCCUCCACCAUCGCUGCGGCACCGAAGGUCCAGCUACGAGCCCAGCGCGCUAGACAAGUGUCUCGACCAAUCAGCAUGCCACUAGAACGCCUGCCCAACCCCGCCCAGAUCAGCGAGAGGAAUUACCGGAACACCGCUGCUAAAGCUGAGGGGAGCUCAGCUGAGCGGGACCCCGUCUCUGAAACUAUACAGGAGAUACCAGAGGGAGAAAAGGCUCGCCAAAGUGGCUCGUCAAGGGUUAGCACCUACUACAUCACUCCGUUCAUUGACACACAGACAAUGCAGAGGAGAACGUGGGACAGGAAGUACAAGCACUAUGAUGUAACACCCAGGACCGCUAUGAUUGUGGCCAACCUGCCAUCGGCCAGCUCUGGAGUUCAACCUGUUAAGGCAACGAUGCCUGUCACUGUUAGCUCAGCGGUAACCACUACCUCUGUGGUCUCCACCACAAGUAGUGUGAGCACCAUAUUCUCCAACAACCCCUACACUGUGUCAGUGAAGCCGGGCUGGACUUCUAAAAGGGAAAGUGACACAGAAAAUUUAGUUAGUGAGUCUAAAAGCUCACCAAACCUUCCACUAAUGCUCAGGGCACCAAGAACUCUGCAGCCUCCUCCUGGAACUUUCUACAAGCCCCCUGUUUCCAUUAACAGCAAAGUAAGGACGCUUCCAAACUGGACUACAACUGUUACAACAACCACAACCACCACCACCACCACCACCUCAUCCCCUGCCCCCACCAGCCCUACCCAGGUAGUCACCUCGUCCCCUGCCCUUACAAGCCCCCCACAGACACGGCUCCAGACACAGGACUCCACCGACAGCGCCAUUGACCCCGGGGUCUCGACCUCCGCUAGCCUUUCGCCCCCACAAUCCCCACCUCCCAGCAGCCCCGACGAUCUCAGCCCCAGUGAGACAAAACCCGUCUACCAAAGACUGCGACCUCGGCGGCUGCAGGAGCUUGAACACAGAGAGGCUCAUUUUGUCUGACGCCAAAAAACAUAUAUUUGUAAAUAUUAAUGUAUCUGCACCAUAGUGUAUACUGGGGAAAACAUUUUUUUUAUCAUACAAGCUGAGAGGCCUGUGAAAGUAAACCAUAAAAGUGUUAUAAGUACUAAUAUAUUUUAUUUUACAUGUUCAAGUCAAGUCGUCAACAGUGGUUGGUCUCCCAAGCAUUAAAAUGAGCAAAUAUUCAUAAGUUUGAUGCCAGUAUGGAAUGUUUGGUUUCAUGUUUUAAAAUAACAAAUACACAAAUUAUAAAAUAUUUUAUGUCAAAGAAAUUUUGCCAACCACAAAUUGACAUUUGUCUCUUAAGAAUUUUAUGUCUAUAAUUUUUCUUGUUUUAGUUGAACCUUAAAGUUCAAUGUUUGAUUUGUUAUGAAAUUAUAUUUUAUUGUAAUCACACAAUGCACUUAACACAGGUUUAAAUUUAAUUGUUGCUUUUAAUGUUAAAAAUGUAUUUUAUUCCCCAAGGAAUGGAUGGAAGUAUUUUUAACAUGAGGUUUUCAAUUUUAAAGAGUUCAAUGUUUUUACCUUUAAAAUUGUCCUUUGUUGCCUGUGAUUGGUACAACUCUUCUCAGUAUGUAAACCUUAUGUAUGUGUUUACGUUUUUUAUAUUCAUUCAUACAUACUGCAUGUUCGUCACAAUAAUUUUGACUCAUCACUUUAUUGUGACUAUACAAAAAAAAAUGACAUGCAACAGUGCUUGCUGCAAAUUAAAAAAUGUAGU